CCAAUUCCCAAUACCACAACUGGUACCCAAAAACAGCAGUCUCUCUCUCUCUCUCACAACUGAAUAAAUAAAUAUAAAUUAAUUAAUUAAUUAAAAAAAAAGUCACCGUCACGCGGCAAAAAAAAAUUGUUGGCGUUUCUUGGCCUUUUUUUCCACCUUAUUUCACAAACCGUGUGCUCUCCACCCGCUGAAUUUCCCGCAAACGACUACAAAAACCAACCCCCAAUAAUUCCAUUUCCAACACAGAACCAAAAAGAAGAGAAAUAUCGCAAAACGGAAUCCACAAGAAACGACACGCGAAAUGUGCAGAUCAACGGAUUAUUACCGCUUCAAUCCAGUCAACCGGUUGAAGAUUCGAUCGUUCGCCGUCGGGUUUUCGGGUUUUGAUGCCGGGAAACCGUUGCCUCAGUCGCUGACGCUCGUUUACCUGCCGAGAAUCAACGAGAGCGCGCUCGAGGUCUCCGGGUCGAAGAUCCGACCCGAUUCGCAGGCGUUUGUGACUCUCCACCGCGGCGUGGCCGGAAACGGCGAGGAAGUUUCGUUCGGGAGUAGAGAUCGGGUCGUCGUCAGCGAGGGUGUGAGGUUCGAGGUUUACCUGGGAGAAGAGAAGGUUUUGAAAGGGAAUUUUAGGAAGGAUGAAGAGGACGAGUGGAGAUUGGAGUGCCGGUGCGCGAUGGAGAGAGACAUCGACGGCGCGGCGGCGGCGGAGGUUAGGGUCUCGGCGGAGGGAGGCGUGAUGAGAGAGAAAGUGGCGAUGGCGGUGGAGAGGAGGAGGCGGCGGCGGUGGUACGGACGGGGGUUGGAGGAGAUUCCGGAGGAGAGGGAGGAUCGCUGCGAGUGUGAUUGUGGGGGAUCGGGCGGUGGUGAUUUGGGGAGUGGUUGGGAUGAUGAAGUGGACGGCGGAGAUGAGGAGGAGGGGAUUGAGAUGGAUAUGGAUGUGGAGGGAGUUAGAUGGGCCGUGGAUGUUGGGAUUUGGGUCAUGUGUUUGGGCGUGGGCUUUUUGGUUUCUAAAGCCUCUUCCAAGACUUUGAGACGCAGAAAAUUACUAUGAUUUUUUUCUUUUUCUUUUUUAAGAAAAAAAUGAUUUUUAAGGAGUUUAGUUCAUGGAU